AUGACCGACGAAUUAAAGACUCGCUUAUAUCAUAAAUUGAAAGCCUAUCAUCAGGAGAAUUUACUACAAUAUUGGGAUGAGUUAGAUCAAACUCAACGCCAAUUACUAGCUGAUGAUAUCGAUAGCUUGGAUUUGCAAUAUGUAACGCAAUCAUUUGAAAAGGUGAUGCAAACCGGUCAAAGCCAUUCGCAAAAGAAGGAUGAUCAUAUCUUGCCACUCCCAGAAGAUGUUUAUUGUACAUUGCCUAAUGUCGAUAGCCAUCGCCAAGAUUGGCAAACAUUAGGGUUAAAUCUAAUCGCAGAUAAUAAAGUGGCUGUCAUUUUAUUAGCUGGUGGUCAAGGUACACGACUAGGUGUUGAUUACCCUAAAGGGAUGUACUGUGUUGGCUUACCUUCCGGCAAAUCUUUAUAUCAGAUUCAAGGCGAGAGAAUGUUUCGAUUGCAACAAUUAGCCCAAGAGCGAACAGGCAAAAAAGGCACUAUACCGUGGUAUAUCAUGACUAGUCAGCAUACUAAGCAACAAACUAGAAAUUACUUUGAAAAGCACAAAUUCUUCGGCUUAAACGAGAAAGAUAUCAUGUUCUUUGAACAAAGUACUUUACCAUGUUUCGAUUUUGACGGCAAAAUUAUUUUGGCUGCUCCGGAUAAGAUUGCUCGCGCUCCUAAUGGAAAUGGAGGCCUUUACAGUGCACUAUCGAAUUGUGGUAUUUUAAAGGAUAUGCAGGAUCGAGGAAUUGCUCAUAUUCAAGCCUAUUGCGUGGAUAAUAUUUUAAUUAAAAUGGUGGAUCCUGUCUUUACUGGCUACUGUGCUAGUAAGAAUGCUGAUUGUGGAGCCAAGGUUGUAAGGAAAGUGGAUGCCAGUGAAUCUGUUGGUUUGGUAUGUUUAUGUGACGGCACGUAUCAGGUUAUUGAAUACAGUGAAAUUUCAAAGGAAAUGACAGAAAAACGAAACAAGAAUGGCGAAUUGAUGUUUAAUGCAGCCAAUAUUUGUAAUCAUUAUUUUAGUUACGAUUUCUUAUCUCAAACUGUUAGCGCUAGAGAAAAUGAACUACCACAUCAUAUGGCAAGAAAGAAAAUUCCUUAUGUCAAUGAAUCAGGCCAAACAGUUAAACCUGAGACCCCGAAUGGGAUUAAGAUGGAGAAAUUUGUUUUUGACGUCUUUUUAUUUUCUAAAAAUUUUGCGGUAAUGGAAGUCAAACGAGAGGAUGAAUUUUCUCCAUUGAAAAAUAAAUGUGGAACAGGAAGAGAUUGUCCAGAAACUGCUAAGGCUGCUCUUGGCAAAUUACACGGACGUUAUAUUCUUGAGGCUGGGGGUAAAUUUGUUACAAAGGAUGGAAAAGAAAUUUCGGAUACUUCUAGGUACAGUAUUUUGACUCUUGCUCGUUAA